AGGUCUCCUAGAAACCCUGAACAGAAGAUCAUUAAACGAGUGAUUGCUCUUGAAGGAGACAUUAUCAAAACCAUUGGAUACAAAAAGAAGUAUGUGAAAGUUCCACAUGGGCAUAUUUGGGUGGAAGGUGAUCACCAUGGACACAGCUUUGACAGCAAUGCUUUUGGCCCGGUUUCUCUUGGACUUCUACAUGCCCGUGCUACUCAUAUCCUCUGGCCUCCACAACGCUGGCAGAAGUUACAGCCAGUGCUACCUCCAGAACGCAAACCGCUUCAGAGAGAGCAAGAAUAACCUAAAUAUUCAACUGGAAAACCAUUAAAGUGGAGUUUAACCAGGAAGAGUUGCAGUGGUUAUAACAUCACAAAUAAAAGUUUUGCUAAGUGUGCUGUAAUAACAGACAUUAUAUCAACAAAUUUGUGAAACAUAUUCACGUUAAAAUGCCACUUUGAGUGUAAAGUCAUUUUUAAAUUUCAAACAUUAUUGCACUGUACAUUAUUUCAGUUUGAAAUAAUUAUUCCUUGGUUGCAGAAGGACUGAAUGUUCAAUUUUUCCAAGAGCAAAAAAAAAAAACAAAAAAACAUGAGUUGUUAUAUCUGUGCCUGUGCUUCUCUGGGUAAGAAGUUUUCAAAACCUUCAAUAAAAUGUUUUAAUCUUUUA